UUUUCACAACACAAGCAAAAAUAUCUAGGAAACAUAUGACGGUGUCAGGGUCAUAUUUUGACCAUUCGGAAUCAAGUUUACGGCAUAGUUUACGACAUAGUUUAGAUGGUGAGCGAACGCAGGUGUCCCUUCUCUCUUGCCGUAGUGUUGUCAGUGAGAGAUGUCAUAGCGGUAGUGCGACUGUAAGAGUUGUUUAGAUUAGUCGUAUUCCUCCUUCUCCUGACCCCUACUAGAAUGGUCAUUUUAAGCAGUCGCAUCUUUAGUAGUUUAUAUGGGAUCGCGUUUUUAGCUCGAGCCGACGAAUGUCGCCCGGAAACUGCGACGCAAAACAUUUAGACAACUAGCUAGCUCUGUAGCUAGUUGGUGGCUAUAGUAGGUUAGCUAACCCAGUUAACCCAGCUCCUGCCAGAUCCUCCAGUAUCUGUAGCUCUCUGCUGGCUGGACUGGCCAAACCCCGUUGCUCUCCGCUGAGGGUUUGCAGGCUACGGCAUGAGCGACGAGGAGCUGCGGCCCGUGCCGAAGGAGCGGGCCGUCCUGGAGAGCUUCUUCACUCAGCUUGGUAUGUUCUCCUUCGACAGGGCCAAGGACUACGUGGAGAGGGAGAAGGACUGCAGCAAGAGCGCCGGGGCCACCUGGGCGUCGCUGCUAGCCGCGCUGGCUCACCUUGCGGCCGCCGAGAAGGCCUACCACAACAUGACCUUCCUAGGACAGAAACUGGGCGGCCAGUCCUUCUUCAGCAGGAAGGAUUCGAUCAGGACCAUUUACACGUCCCUGCACAACGAGCUGAAGAAGGUGGUCUCCGUGGGCCGCCACCCCUCCGGAGGCUCUGCCCCUUACCUGGAGGAGCUGCUCUCCCAUUUGUCAGAGCAGCUCUGCCACUUCACGCAGGCCAGGAUGGAGGUCGCUGACCUGUACGAGAAGAUGCAUGCGCUCGGCAGCCAGAAGACCGUGAACUCCGAGGAGCUGGUGAGCGUGUUGGAGAGUAUCCUGCAGAAAUACAGUUCCAGAUUCCACCAUCCGAUCCUGAGCCGGCUGGAGAGCAGUUUCCAGGUAGAGGUGGAUGUCCUGACGCAGCUGCUGAGCUGCCAGGCGGAGAUCUCCGAGUGGCACUUCCUGCCAUCACUUCUCCACCUGCAUGGCGCCCACACUAAGCUGCAGGCCUGGGCGCUGGUCUUCGAGCGCCAGCGCGAGACCCGCAAGCACCUGUUCGGCGGCCAGUCCCAGAAGGCUGUGCAGCCGCCGCACCUCUACCUGUGGCUGCUGCGCCUGCAGGGGGCGCUGCUGGCCAAGUUCAGCUUUUAUUUCCACGAGGCCCUGAGUCGGCAGGCGCCCACGUCCGAGAUGAAGGCGCUGACAGCGCGCACCGCGCCCGACUACUUCGGCAAGGUCUCGGCUUUUAUCCGCAAGCACGACGCUGCCAGCGUCUCGCUGGUCUUCGACAACCGAGGCUCGGCCAGCUUCCAGGGCCACGGCUACCAUCACCCGCACUCGUACCGUGAGGCGCCCAAGGGGGUGGACCAGUUCCCCGCCGUGGUGUCGCUGCCGGGCGGGGAGAGACCCCUCACCCACUGGCCCAACGUCAUCAUGAUCAUGAGCGACCGUGCCUCCGAGCUCAACUCGCUCGACAAGGUGACAUACUUCUACGACGACAAGGUCCAGAGCACGUACUUCCUGACGCGGCCCGAGCCCCACUUCACGCUGGUGGUGAUCUUCGACGGCAGGAAGUCAGAGAAGGAUUCGAAUGUGGUGGCAUUCCUGCAGGAGCUUGCCGCCUCGCUGAGGAACUCCAAACCCUUCAGCACACUCAAGCCAGGCUCCAAGGGCUGAACUCACCAAAGCCCACAAACAGCAGAGAUCUUCUGGAUUUUUCCUGAUUUUUCUUGAGCUCACAGAUGGUCUUUGAAUCCUUACACUGCUGAUACUAUUUUAAUGUUUGCUUCUUUUUUUAUAUAUAUAUAUAUAUAUA